UGGAAAGAAUUGAUAAAGUACAUCGACAUCAGUUAGCACAUCAGUAUCAAUUCAACAUGCUACGCGCGUGUAUUGUUAUUUGUGUGUUGAUUUUAAAUCUCGUACAAUGUUCAAAAAUUCUUGGCUUUUUUCCCACGCCCUCAAUAAGUCAUCAAGUUGUGUUUCGUCCUUUGAUGCACGAAUUAGCAAAACGGGGACAUGAAGUAAUCGUAGUAACUACAGAUCCAGCUUUCCCAAAAGGUGAAACUCCUGCCAAUCUAACAGAAAUAGACGUGCACGAUAUAUCAUAUAAGAACUGGGAAGAUGUACUGGAUACACAUAAUGGAAAAAAAGAAAAUAUAUUUCAACAGAUAGUGAACUUAUUUGAGAGAUUUACAAGUACAUUUGAUCUGCAGUUGAAAAUGCCUGAAGUUAAGAAGAUGUUAAGAAAAGAAAAGAAUAAUAUAGAUCUGAUUGUUGUAGAAUCAAGUGUUCGAACAACUCUUGGGCUUGGACAUUUAUUGAAGGCCCCAAUCAUUCAGUUUAGUUCGUUUGGAACAUCUCCUUCUCAUUUUGGCUUUUUUGGAGCGCCUUCCCAACCUCUCUUAUACCCUACACCUCUGAACGUGCGCAUUUACAACUUGACUAUGUAUGAAAAGAUUUUCGAAUUUUUAAAACAUUUGACGUUAGACUACCUACAGAGUGUUUUGUAUGACGCUGAUUAUGCCAUGGCGAAACGUAAUUUUGGUGAUGACCUGCCACCUUUUGAAGAAUUGAUGCACAAAUAUGUGCAAAUGUUAUUUCUGAACGAACACCCCAUCUGGGCCCAUAAUCAUCCUGUGCCAUCAAAUGUUAUCUUUAUGGGUGGUAUUCACCAAACCAAGAACGACGACCUUCCUCAGGAUUUGAAAACAUAUCUCGAUGCAUCGAAACACGGAGUAAUUUAUAUAAGUUUUGGAACAAAUGUGAAGCCAUCUAAUCUUCCGCCAGAAAAGGUUGAACUUAUGCUAAAAGUGUUUUCUACACUGCCAUACGACGUUUUAUGGAAAUGGGACACGGAAUUACCUCAGAAACCGAAAAAUGUGAAAACUUCAAAGUGGUUCCCACAAGCUCAACUACUCAAACAUCCAAAUAUAAAACUCUUCAUCACACAAGGAGGUCUCCAAUCUACAGACGAGUCAAUUAACGCUGCCGUACCGGUCAUCGGAAUCCCCAUGCUUGGAGACCAAUGGUACAACACUGAAAGAUAUAAGCAGCACCAAAUUGGCAUUCAACUCGAUAUACACGCUAUGUCCGAAGAAGAAUUUAGUACAUCCGUAAGGAGUGUGAUUAAAGAUAAAAGCUACAAGACAAAUAUACUGAAACUGCGCACUCUGAUGCGUGAAUUUCCUGUGAAGCCAUUGGAUUUGGCUGUUUGGUGGACCGAACAUAUUUUGAAACACGGAGGUUCCCAUUUGCGGUCACCAGCCUUUGGCGUCUCUCAUUGGAAGUACUAUGAAGUAACCUUAGUUUUGACAGUAGUAUCUGUACUAUUAUUAUCAUUAUUUAUUGCAGGAGUAAUAUUAAGAUUUAUUUUAAGAAGGUUACUGCCACACCUUUUACUUCCAAUCAGAAUUAAAGUUAAGAAAAUGUAAUUAAAUAAUUAGUUUUAAGAUAUUAUAAUCUCGAAGAAUUCAUAGUUAGAAUUACUGUGACUUUUGUAUAACUUAUUUGUACACUCACUAACGCCAUAGUUUAUGUUGGCGUAACUCAUGCAAAUAUAUAUUUAAGAUACAUAUUAUUAAGACAUUUCGCGUUAAACUUAGAAAAGCGGAGGUACUUUUACGUAAAAUACCUAAAAAAAAUGAGACUAUUUUCGUGAACUCGAAGCUUGUAUGGAAAAUCUUUUGAUAUUAAAAAUAACGUGUAACUUGAAUGGUUUUCUUUUCUGUUAUGAGAUUUUUUUUGAAAUGAUUUGUUUUAAAUUAUCAUAUGCAUAGUAUAGUGUAAAAUUGUGAAGGAACAUAGGACUUUGUUUAACAAACAACAAUAAUUUAUAAUUAUUCAAUUAAAUGUGUUAAAGUGUAAAAAAUGUAAUAAAUUCACGAUCAAAUUCGUUUAAUUCAUUUCGUAAUCAGUGUUUCAAAACGAAAAUAAUAUUACAGAUUGUAGUAUAUAAUUUUCGAUUUUACGGUGAAUCAAUUAAAUUUGUAGUGAUAAGAUUAUAAAUGUAUGAUAUCUGUGACUAAUCUUAAGUAUUAAGCCUUAUACAAUAAUGUAACAAUUAAUAAUCAUGUUUCCAAGUUAUUAAAGAAAGGAUCUAGA